AGGUUGUUGUUCCCCGGGAGCGUGCGUCAUGUAUCAUGCUCUCCACCGCUCAACAUGGCGAGAAGAUAGUGGUACAGAUUCACAUCAUCCGCGGAACAGCCAUCAUUUAAGUGGACCAGGUGGUUUGGCGUAGUGUUUUCUUUUUUCUUUCUUUUUAUUGUUUGUCAUAUGGAAACGGAUCUCAUCGAGAAGAUGCCGUGCCAUAACCAGCAGCUGAAUAACAGCGAGAGCCCCGAACACGCCGCGAAGCACGUCCGCUUCGCCCGCAGCAGCCCCGCAGCCGAGACCUGUCAAGACGAGCCGUGCGAAAACCAAACCCCGAGCGACAUCCAACGACAAAUAGGACCUCAGCUGAAGCUCUUGCCGUUAAAUGACCAAAUACGAGAACUUCAGACAAUCAUUCGGGACAAAACUACCAGUAGAGGUGAUUUUGUGUUCUGUGCUGAUAGAUUGAUAAGAUUAGUGGUGGAGGAGGGUCUCAAUCAGCUUCCAUACAGUGAAUGCACUGUAACUACACCAACAGGACAUAAGUAUGAAGGUGUGAAGUUUGAAAAGGGAAACUGUGGGGUUAGCAUUAUGAGGAGUGGGGAGGCCAUGGAGCAAGGCCUAAGAGACUGCUGCAGAUCAAUCCGUAUCGGGAAGAUUCUGAUCCAGAGCGAUGAAGAGACACAAAAGGCUAAAGUUUACUAUGCAAAGUUCCCUCCUGACAUUAGCCGAAGGAAGGUUCUGCUCAUGUACCCUAUACUUAGUACAGGCAACACUGUAAUAGAAGCGGUGCGGGUGCUGAAUGAACACGGCCUGCAGGCCAAACAUAUCAUACUACUGAGUCUCUUCUCCACUCCACACGGUAAGACACACGCAGAGCCAGCCGUGCAUACUUGAUUUGUAUUCUCAUUCAUGAAUAAAUACAUUUGUAUUAUUUUACCUUAUUGGUAGGUUUUAAUGUUAAUAAGCUCUAAAGAACAAAUGACAUUUCAAAAAACAGUGCAAAAUUAGUUUCAAGUCCAAUCCCAAUAUUUGGAAUAUGCUCAUAUUAAAAUGUAUUUAGGAAAAAAACUGCCCUUUUUUUUUUCUUUUUUUGUAUGUAUUUGCUUUUACUUUAAUUU